AGUAGACUUAAGAAAAAGAAAAAAAGAUUGAAAACUUUUAUUUUUUAAAAAGUUUUAGGCCAGGGCUUGAGGGGUGAAUAUUUUUAAUCCCAAUAUUUAGGAAGCAAAGACAGGGGUAUCUCUGUGAGUUGGAGGACAUUCUGUUAGUUAGAGACACCCUGUCUCAAAUAAUGAAAAACAAAACAAUUUUAGAGUGUAAGAAAUUACAAUACUCAGAAAAAGUAUUUGUCACAUACCAAGGAAACCUGGGACCUUGAGAGUCUCAUCAUAAAUAAUGAUUUUAUUUUAAAAUUAAAUUUAUUCUUUUAGAGACAGGGUCUUGUAGUAUUUGUAUUGCACUAUAUUAAACUUUCAAAAAUAUGUAUGUCGAUCCCGCCCUCGCCAAAGCCAUGGAGGCAGUUCCCUCACUCUCCAAAGCUAACUAAGUAUCUGAAGUUACUUGAUGGGGCAGAUGCUGGCCAGGAAGGAGGUUCAGAGGCCCUUCGGAAGAGGCAGAAAAAAGGACCUAAGCUGGGAGGCACCGCUGGCAAGGGAUUGAGGAUUGUUGAUGAUGAUGUGGGCUGGGCAGCUAUCUCUACCACGAAACCGGAAAAGGAGGAGGAAGAGGAUGGACAUUUGCCUGUGGUGGCUGAGCUUGUGGGUGAGCGUCCAGAAGAGGUAAAGCAGAUGGAGGUCUUCCGCUCCAGGGCCAAAUGGAAGCUCCUGGGAGACCACAGUGGAGAUGGACAUUUCCAUCAUGAUGAACAAGAUCCAUCUUAUCCUAGGAGGGUUCGUCAUGACGACCCAGAUCCAUCUCCUCCCAGGAGGACCCAUCUCUCUCCUUCUCGAAGGAGUCCUCGUUCCGGGAAGAAAACUGUAUUUCGACACAAGUCUGGUCGGAAGAGGAAUUUGAAGCUGGAACGCCUGGAGCAGAAGAGAAAAGCAGAGAAGGACUCAGAGCGAGAUGAGCUCUAUGCCCAAUGGGGCAAAGGGCUUGUUCAGAGCCGGCAACAGCAGCAGAAUGUAGAGGAUGCCAUGAAGGAGAUGCAGAAGCCUCUGGCCCGCUCUAUCGCUGAUGGAGAUCUGGAUCGGAUGCUGAGAGAACAAGAAAGAGAGGGGGACCCAAUGGCCAACUUCAUUAAGAAGAAUAAGGCUGAGGAGAACAAGCAUAAGAAAGUGAGGCCUCGCUAUAAUGGUCCUGCACCUCCUCCCAAUAGAUUCAGUAUCUGGCCUGGCUACUGCUGGGAUGGAGUGGAUAGAUCCAAUGGCUGGGAACAGAAGCGCUUUGCCAGGCUCGCCAGCAAGAAGGCUGUGGAGGAGCUUGUCUACAAGUGGAGUGUGGAGGACAUGUAGCUUCUCCGAGGCUGUGCGGUGCUGUGGUGGUGGUGGUGGCACAGGACAGCCCGACAUCCAGCUCUAAUGCUUGUCUUGUUAGACACAGACCAUCAACUCGUUUUCAGUUCUGACCUUUGGACUGGGCACCUACCCUUAGCUGUGUUCAUGUUGUCUGACUGGCUUUGGCAGGACACAGUGACUUCUCUAUCCCAGGGCUUGUUCUUAGCCAGUGCUUUCCUUCUUAUUUUAAAAAUAAA